CCGACUAUCGAUACGCGACAGCAUAAACACCAGAUCAUAAACGUCAACCUUCCUGUCUUCAGUUUCUAGCAGGGGAAGAGUUUUCAGGAUCCAGUAAUCAUUAUUCACAGUCUAAGCUUUCAAUCGGCUCCACCCUAUAGUACAAACCUUCGUCCUUCUUCCCUCCGGUAAUCAGCGAUGGAGACCAUCCGCAGCUUCUUCUUCAAGCCAACACCACAAGAACUUCACCGGAAAUGGUCGACUCAGCUUCGUGCCGAGCAGCGCGCUCUCGAAAAGCAGCUCAACUCUAUCUCCCUUGCUGAAUCCAAGACCAAACGGCUCCUCAAGCAAACCGCCAAGACACGGCCAAGCGAUGUCGUAUCGCAGAAGACCUUAGCACGAGAAAUCGUCAGAGCACGAAAGGAAAGCGAAAGAGUCAGUAGGAGUAAAGCCUUAGUUGGAAGCGUCCUGAUGCAAUUAAAUGAACAAAUGGCUACGUACAAAAUCUCAAACAGCUUAAGAUCCUCGACAAAAAUCAUGAAAGACGUCAACACACUCGUCUCCCUACCCCAAAUAUCCGCACAAAUGCGCGAAAUGUCGAUGGAGAUGACGAAGGCGGGUAUUAUAGAUGAGAUGAUUGGAGAUACGCUGGAUGAGCUUGGUGUGGACGAGGAAUUGGAUGAGGAGGCUGAUGAGGAAGUUGACAAGAUUUUGGAAGAGGUUGUGGGUGGAAAGUUGGCCAACGCGGCGAAGGUCCCGGAGGGGAGGAUUGUGGAGCCAGAACCCGUACAGGAAGAGGAAGACGAGGAGGACGUAUUGGCUGGUAUGAGACAGAGAUUGGAAGCAUUGAAAGGAUAACGACAAUAGUUUUUGGCUACGAGGAGCGGUUGUACGCUGAGCAAAGCAUCCGUCAAAUGAUGAACACGAAUGGAACAUGAGCGGAAACAUGAUGAAAGAAGGCAAAUAACAAAGAAUGAACAACUCCCACGUUUUUAGCAAAGAGAACGCCGAUUUCCAACAUGAU